GAGGCGGGCGGGAGUGAGCGGUCGCGCAUGCGCAGUGCACUGGAGCGGGGUGAGAGAAGAUGGCGGCGGCGGGGGAAGCAGCAUGAGCGGCCUCACUCAUUGAAAGUCUCCGCCAUGGCCUCCCCGAGCGCGCAGUACAUUUUUGGGGAGUUCAGCGAUGAUGAAUUCAAGCAGUUCUUUGUCAGUGCUCGCUGCACAGUAGAGCUGCCACCUUUUAAUGAAAGCGGUUUCUGUGGGCCUCAGUCUUCAAGUGAUCUUCAGGAUGUGUCCCGGCUCCUAUUCACCACGGUGAGCCUGUCAUGGCAUGACCAACGCCAAGGUGAUGAAUAUCAGAGAAUUGAGUUUGGCGUCAGUGAAGUGAUCGACACGGACGCAGUCCUGCUGAACAGCUCCGACUACAGUAUUUCCAGCAACCUGAACCCUCAGGCUCCGGAGUUCAUCCUUGCCUGCACUCCAACACAGAAGACUCCUGACUGCAUACUCAACGAGGACGACUGCAAUGCCAAUGACGGCCAGUAUUCGGAGUCUGCCCUCCCAGAUGGCAGCGGAAACGCAGACAGUGACAGUACAUCCGGCAUAGGACAGAGAGAGCGUAAAAAAAAGAAAAAACGACCACCUGGGUAUUACAGUUACUUAGAAGGCGGCGGCGAUGGCAUCGCCCCCAUAGAGGCCCUGGUAAAUGGGCACGCCAAUGUGGCAGGACUGGACAGUAUAAGCACAGAUGAGCCUGAGCUAGCAGAUGAUCCAGCAGCGUCCGCCUCUCCUAGGACUUGUAACAGCCCAGAUCAUUCUGUGGACUUCAACAGUGAAACUGAUGAUGCUUCUGUAUCUAAUGCACUAGAUGCUACCAGGACUGCUGGUCAGCCUGAGGAAUGCAGUGUUACCCGCUCACCUUGCAUCCUCUCAGACACUGGGCGGGAGAGCCCGGAAAGGACAGCUGUGGAGCAGCCACUGGCUGACUCUGAUACUACUGAAAUCCUUGGCGUAACCAAUGGACAGACACUUGAAACCCCAGAGGAAGGGCCGUCCUCUAACGGGGUGGAUUUGCACCCUGAGGCCGCUGCCACCUCAGAUCAAGCGAAGCCAGAGGAUACAUCACAGCCUCAGACCGUGAGCCCGGUCUCGCCCUCUGUAAACCCGCCAGCUAAGUCCUGGGCUAGUCUCUUUCACACUUCCAAGCCCUCCCCAGCCAUGCCGGUGGCUUACGUUGAGGCUAAGUCUGCCCCCCCAGCUACACCCCCCCAGGCCCCUGAGAAACAGGUGGAAGUGAGAGAGGGUCCGGUUCCUGUGUCAGAGGACCCCGUAGCAAUAAAGAUUGCAGAGCUACUGGAGGGCGUGAAGCUUGUCCAUAAGCCAGUCUCAUUACAGCCACGAGGACUCGUCAACAAAGGAAACUGGUGCUACAUCAAUGCUACCCUACAAGCUCUGGUGGCGUGUCCUCCUAUGUAUCACCUUAUGAAGUGCAUUCCAAUGUACACAAAGCUGCAGAGACCAUGUACAUCAACUCCAAUGAUUGACAGCUUUGUACGACUGAUGAAUGAGUUCACAAACAUGCCGGUUCUCCCGAAAGCGAAGCAGGUGUCCUGCGAUUCCUUGGCAGUCCCCGGAGAUAAGAUCGUCCGAGACAUCCGGCCUGGGGCAGCUUUUGAACCUACGUACAUCUACCGUUUGCUGACCGUGUCCAAGUCGACUCUAUCCGAGAAGUUUUUCUUACAGGGCCGCCAGGAGGACGCGGAAGAAUAUCUUGGCUUUGUACUGAACGGGCUGCAUGAAGAAAUGUUAUCUCUGAAGAAGCUUCUGUACCCAGAGAAUGACAAAAUCUCUGUUUCAAAUGGUCCCGAAACGCAGCCGGCGAGUGACGAAGCGGACAUGAAUGACCAUGACGACAGAGGAGAAGCAAGUGACGAGGAGUGGGAGCAGGUGGGACCCCGGAACAAGUCCUCAGUAACACGGCAAGCAGACUUUGUGCAGACUUUGAUUACAGACAUCUUUGGAGGACACAUGAGGUCCGUCGUGUACCAGCAGAGCUCGAAGGAGUCCGCCACACUGCAGCCAUUUUUCACCUUGCAGCUGGACAUUCAGUCUGAAAAGAUCCGCACUGUCCAAGACGCAUUGGAGAUUCUGGUGGCCAGGGAGUCUGUACAGGGAUACACCACCAAAACCAAACAAGAGGUGGAGAUCAGCCGGAGGGUGACACUGGAGGAGCUGCCCCCAGUUCUCGUGCUGCACCUCAAGCGCUUUGUGUUUGAAAAGACAGGCGGCUGCCAGAAGCUGGUGAAAAAUGUGGAUUACCCGGUGGAUUUGGAGAUCAGUAAAGAUUUGCUCUCUCCCGGGGUGAAAAGUAAGAUUUUUAAGCCCCAAAGAACCUACCGACUCUUUGCAGUUGUCUAUCACCAUGGAAACAGCGCCACCGGCGGCCAUUACACUACAGACGUCUUCCAGAUUGGUCUUAAUGGCUGGUUACGCAUCGAUGACCAGAAUGUGAAAGUGAUAAAUCAGUAUCAAGUGGUGAAACAGACUGUAGAGCGCACGGCAUACCUCUUGUAUUACCGCCGCGUAGAUCUGCUGUGAACCGCGCUACAUGCUGUGUGUGCUCGCGCGCAAAAGAUUCCUGCUUCAUAGGACACAAAUCACCUUCUUCCCCCCCCCCCCUCCCCCCUUCUUCCUUUUGAUCCCUACUCUUUUUCGAGUGAAUCCUUCCACUUUCCUCCCCAUUGUCUCUACAAUUUUUUUUCUCUUCCCUUUUUGAUUUUUUUGUUUUUGUUUUUUAGAUUUCAUUAGAAAGAAAUGUGUAAACAAUUUAACUUUGCUGCAGCCCCUACGAGAGCCACUGGGUAAAUGGGGCAAUGUCAGCAGUGAAUGCUGUUCCCUUCUAUUGGAUGCAGACAUUUGAAGCAUACCAUGUGACUCGCGGAGAUGAUAACGAUUUAAGCCGCAUAAUCAUCCUAGCGAGGUGUUUAUUGUAUUGCUGAAAUGUUAGCACCGCUCUUUGGAAGCGAGGGGAUUUUAGGAUAAGCCUUCAGAGGGAUUUGUAAAGGUGAAACAGGCGAGGGAGGGUUCUUAUCAAUACUCAGAAUAGAUUUUUAUUAUUUUUUUAGUGUCUAGGCUAGAAGUGGCUGCGUCGCCUCUGAGGCCACCCACGCGCUUCGCCAAAGACUCAACGCACCAGCAUUACAUAUUUACAUGUGAAAACAAUUACAGUAUAUAAAAAAAAAAAAAAUACUUCAGUCCCUUUCUGUAAGCCAUCACCCCCAUUCCUAGCACCUCGGCCACACUCUGCUUUUCAGGUCACUGAAUCAACAAUAAAUAACAGGCUGCAAAUUUUGUCUGGUUUCACGCGUAAACCAAUAAAAAAAAAUAACAAAAAAAAUGGAAAAAAAAUAUAUUUAAAAUGCAAAAAAAAAAUCUAAAAAAAUUACCGAAGGCUUUUUCAAUGUUGCUGGGUGCCUCAGAGUGAUUGCGAGGUAUUAGAUUUUAACUCCUUUCUUGCUGGACAAGCGCGACAAUUGUUUUGCCCUCUCCAGCAACCGAAAGGCUUUAAAACAGAUUCACAGACGAGGAAGAAAAAUCAAACUUUGGAAGGUUAGUCUGUAUAGAUGAGUGAUUGUAACUUCUAACUCCGUACACCUGACAAUGAUGUAUCUAAGUACACCAGGUUACGGGCACCGAGAGAACACUAUCUAACCUUGACGAUUGCUAUUCUGGACAGUCUGCUUCGUUUAAUUUUGCUGUCUCGCUCUCCUAUAAUGUUCAGUUCCUAAUUGUACACAGUUUAGUGAUAUCUAGGAGUAUAAAGUCGUCGCCCAUCAAUAAAGUCACAAAGUUGGUUUAAACAAA